CGAAGACCAUGGCGUUCAUGGUGAAGACCAUGGUGGGCGGCCAGCUGAAGAACCUCACCGGGAGCCUGGGGGGCGGCGAGGACAAGGGGGACGGAGACAAGUCGGCGGCGGAAGCUCAGGGCAUGAGCAGAGAGGAGUAUGAAGAGUAUCAGAAGCAACUGGUGGAAGAGAAGAUGGAGCGGGAUGCACAAUUCACACAGAGGAAGGCAGAGCGGGCCACACUGCGGAGCCACUUCCGAGACAAAUACCGGCUGCCCAAGAACGAGACAGAUGAGAGCCAGAUCCAGAUGGCAGGUGGAGACGUGGAGCUGCCCCGGGAGCUGGCCAAGAUGAUUGAGGAGGACACAGAGGAGGAGGAAGAGAGGGCCUCGGUCCUCGGGCAGCUGGCCAGCCUCCCUGGCUUGGACCUUGGCUCACUCAAGGACAAGGCCCAGGCCACGCUGGGGGACCUCAAGCAAUCAGCUGAGAAGUGCCACAUCAUGUGA